AUGGUUCAAGAUUAGAAGGAAUAAAAUAUUCAGAAAAAAUAAUAGAAAAAAAAUUUUCAUUCUGUUGUUUUGAUUUUAGUGGAUGUGGUCUUUCAGAAGGUGAAUAUGUGUCAUUAGGAUAUUUUGAAAAAAAAGAUAUAGAUAAAGUAGUUAAAUACAUAAAAGACGCAUUUAAUGUAAAAUAUAUUUAUUUUUGGGGAAGAUCUAUGGGAGCAGUAAGUGCUUUAUUAUAUUCAUAAGAAUUUCCGUAAAACAUAAAAGGAUUAGUUAUAGAUAGUGCUUAUUUAAAUAUAUAGGAAAUAGCAUAUAAAAAAAUAAAUUUACCUAAUUUUUUAGUAAAAUUAAUAGUGGAGAAAAUUAGAAAAUAAAUAUAAGAAAAUAUUGGAUACGAUAUCCUAGAAGUUAGUGUAUUAAAAAAAAUCGAAAAAAUAAAACAAAUUCCCGUUAUGUUCAUUGUUUCUAAAGAAGAUAGCCUUAUUUCUUAUUAAAACACAUUAAAAAUAUAUUCUGUAUAUAAAAGUUUCCAAAAAAAAUUAUUUAUGUUACUGGUGA